UCGAAAUGUCAAUAAUUAUUUUCAGCUUUCCACCAUAGCCAAGAGAGAGAGAGAGAAGCAAAGAACACAACCCAGGUAACAAUGGAAAGGAGAGCAAUAUCCUCAGUAGCUACUAUUCUUCUCCUAUUCUUACAAACUUGUCCAGCUUCCUCUGUCUUACCCAUCCACCAUUGUCCUGCUUCCUCCUGUGGCAAUACUCCCAACAUAAGUUACCCAUUUCGACUCUCAAGUGACCCACCCAACUGCGGCGACAAGAGGUACGAACUAGAUUGCGAGAACAACGCAACAAUGUUAAAUUUGUUUUCAGGGAAGUAUUAUGUACAUGAAAUCGAUUACAAGAGAUACACAAUCAGAGUGAGUGACAGGGGUGUUGUGGAGGACACUACUUGCUCCUUUAUCCCCCGCUAUUUCUUAUAUUCUCUCAAUUUCAGUCAAAAUAUCAUUGGUCCUGGAACAGAUCUGCUAAAUUUGGAGCCGUUUGAUGUUCCGACAAUAGCGUACUUCAACUGUACCAAUCCAAUCACUGACGAUCCUCGAUAUGUGAAGGUGGAUACCACUCGUUGUGGCUCGAGUGGGCAUAUCUAUACUGUUCUGAAAGAUUCAUCAAAUGAUUUUAGCGUGAUGGAUAUCAAAGUUGGGUGCCAACUGAAGGUGGCUACUUUUGGAAAUUGGGGGACAACGAAAGACCACAAAAAUAAGAAAAAUGUUUCCUAUGAUGACAUCCACAACAUGCUGGCUUAUGGAUUUGGGCUGUCUUGGUUAUAUGUUAUUUGUCAAGAUGAAUGCGGAGAGGGUAAGGGUUGCAGUGUUAUCAAUGAAUCCAGUAGUCAAAUCCAAUGUGAUCAGCAAAACUGUCGUUAUAUCUACGGGAGUAACGGGACGAAUGAAGUCACCUAUGAUUGCGGUGUUUCAGGAUUAUUAAGCAUACUUAGCACUGUUAUAGGUUACUGCAUUGGUGUUUAUAAAGGAAUAAUGCAAAUUUUUGGCGUGAAUAGAGCUCGGAGCUACGAUGGAAUUGAUGUUGAGAUCGGAAAAGUCACGGGAAGGUAUGUCCUACCAUACUUUGUUGUGAGAUUUGUAUUGGGUGUCGUAGCUUUCAUUGUACUGUUAAUCUACAAAUGGGGAAGAAGACAUACAUCAAACUAUGAAAAUAUCGAAGAUUUUCUGCAAGAAAAUACCUUCAUGCCAAUAAGGUACUCAUACAAAGAAAUAAAGCAGAUGACUAGAGGCUUUAAGGAAAAGCUGGGCCAAGGUGGGUUUGGCAUGGUGUAUAAAGGAAAGCUACGAAGUGGGCCACUUGUAGCUGUAAAGAUGUUGAGUAAAUCAAACGCUAAUGGGCAAGAAUUCAUAAGUGAAGUCGCAACCAUAGGAAGGAUACACCAUGCCAAUGUGGUUCGACUAAUUGGAUUUUGUGUUGAGGCAUCAAAACGUGCUCUUGUUUAUGAAUUCAUGCCCAAUGGCUCUCUUGAUAGACAUAUUUUCUCGAAAGAGGAUAGUAUUUCUUUAUCUUACGAGCAAAUAUACGAGAUUUCUCUUGGAGUGGCUCGUGGUAUUGCUUAUCUGCAUCAAGGCUGUGACAUGCAAAUUUUGCAUUUUGAUAUCAAGCCCCAUAACAUCCUUCUUGACGACAACUUUAUCCCUAAGGUUUCAGACUUUGGCCUUGCAAAGCUUUAUCCUAUUGACAAAAGUAUUGUGACUUUGACAGCAGCAAGGGGAACAAUUGGAUACAUGGCUCCUGAAUUAUUCUACCAUAAUCUUGGGGGAGUAUCUUACAAAGCUGAUGUCUAUAGCUUUGGAAUGCUUUUGAUGGAAAUGGCAAGCAGGAGAAAAAACUUGAACAAAGAAGCAGAGCAUUCAAGCGAGCUUUUCUUCCCUCUUUGGAUUUAUGAUCAAUUGAGCAGAGAAAAUGAGUUGGAAAUGGAAGAUAUUACCGAGGAAAAGAAUGAUGAGGCAAAGAAGAUGUUCAUAGUUGCAUUAUGGUGUAUACAGUUAAAACCAAGCGAUCGUCCCUCUAUGAACAAAAUAGUAGAGAUGCUGGAAGGAGAACUUGAGAGUAUUGAUAUGCCACCAAAACCUUCCCUAUAUCCACACGAAGUGAUUCAAGAGAAUCUCACUACCAACUCAGACCAAACGCUAUCCGAUGAUUCUAUUGGUUCUACAAGUUAUCUUGAGGAAAGCUCUGUUAAUACUUUAGAGAAGUAUUCUGCUUCAUAAUUGUAAUGAAUUUCGUUUUACAGUUAAUUUUCUUGCAAAAUGCAUAAUUUAAAUUCUU